GGAGGAGGCCACGCCAAGACACCCAAGUGAGACAAAAAGUAGCUCCAAACCAGCCCCCAACUCCACCUCGGGAGGCUGGCGGCAGGCGGGCGCCUCAGCAUGGCUUCCGAGGAACUCUAUGAGGUAGAGAGAAUUGUUGAUAAAAGAAAAAACAAGAAAGGAAAAACGGAAUAUUUAGUGCGAUGGAAAGGCUAUGAGAGUGAAGAUGACACAUGGGAACCUGAACAGCACCUUGUGAAUUGUGAAGAAUAUAUACAUGAAUUUAACAGACAUCACAAUGAAAAACAAAAAGAAAGCACAUUAACAAGGACAAACAGGACAUCUCCAAAUAAUGCAAGAAAACAAAUUUCUCGAUCUACUAAUAGUUCUUUUUCAAAAACCUCCAAGUCCUUAGUUAUUGGAAAAGACCAUGAAUCAAAAAAUCAACUGUUUGCUGCUCAGAAGUUUCGGAAAAACAACACUCCUCUCUCUGGUAGAAAAAACAUGGACCUUUCAAAAUCAGGUAUAAAAAUUCUUGUGCCCAAAAGUCCUAUAAAGAGUCGGACAGCAGUAGAUGGCUUUCAGAAUGAAAGUCCUGAUAAACUGGAUCGCAUUGAGCAGGAUCAUGAAGAUUCUGUAGCCCCCGAGGUGGCAGCAGAAAAACCAGUUGGAGCUUUAUUAGGUCCUGGAGAAGAACGUGCUAGAAUGGGGAGCAGGCCAAGAAUACAUUCAUUAGUGCCACAAUUGCCAGUGCCAGUAACAGCUACCAUUGCAUCUGCAUUAACAAUAAAUGGAAAAGGAACGUCUACCUUUAUAGAAGCCUUGGCAACCAAUGGUACCAACAUUCAGACAUCAGUAACAGGAGUAGCAGCCAACAAACGAAGAUUUAUUGAUGAAAGGAGAGAUCAGCCUUUUGAUAAAAGGCUACGAUUCAGUGUGCGGCAAACUGAAAGUGCUUACCGCUACAGAGACAUUGUUGUCCGGAAACAAGAUGGAUUCACACAUAUUUUAUUAUCCACCAAGUCAUCAGAGAACAAUUCAUUAAAUCCAGAGGUGAUGAAAGAAGUCCAGAGUGCACUGAACACAGCAGCUGUUGAUGACAGUAAACUUGUACUUCUCAGUGCAGUUGGCAGUGUUUUCUGUUGUGGCCUUGAUUUCAUUUAUUUUAUUCGACGUUUGACAGACGAUAGAAAAAGAGAAAGUACUAAGAUGGCAGAUGCAAUUAGGAAUUUUGUAAAUACUUUUAUUCAGUUUAAAAAGCCCAUAAUUGUUGCAGUAAAUGGCCCAGCUAUUGGACUUGGUGCAUCUAUAUUACCACUAUGUGAUGUGGUAUGGGCUAAUGAGAAGGCUUGGUUUCAGACUCCGUAUACAACAUUUGGGCAAAGCCCUGAUGGAUGUUCAUCGCUCACAUUCCCAAGAAUAAUGGGUCUGGCAUCAGCAAAUGAAAUGUUAUUUAGUGGAAGGAAGCUAACAGCACAAGAAGCUUGUUCGAAAGGACUGGUGUCUCAAGUAUUUUGGCCAGGAACAUUCAUACAGGAGGUUAUGGUUCGAAUUAAGGAACUUGUCACGUGUAAUUCAGUUGUACUUGAAGAAUCCAAAGGUUUAGUUCGUAGUAUUAUGAAGGUGGACUUGGAACAAGCCAAUGAUAAGGAGUGUGAAGUUUUAAAGAAAAUUUGGGGUUCUGCUCAAGGGAUGGACUCAAUGUUAAAAUACUUACAGAAGAAGAUUGAUGAAUUUUGAAGAGAUGUGCAUUGACACUGGAUUGUAUUUACUUGGACAUCUGGAUUUUUCAUCAAUACCCUAAAACUGAAAUUAAAAUAAAACAUACCUAAAGCUCGGAAAAUGAGGGCUAAAAGGUAGAGGAACAUUGGUUUUAUGGUCAAGGGUUUUUAAAAGAAGUACUGUAUGUUAAGCAUUGAACUUUUUUUUUCUUUUUCCAUAUAUAUAUAUAUAUAUAUA